UUGGAGGGAGGGCGUGGUGGGAACAAAUACAGGCAUUCAUAUUUUAAGACCAUUCUUCAUCACGACAGUACGAUUUCAGGUGAUCAGACUUGUGGUUAGACUCGCUCUCUGCAACUUGCAGAUAGGAAAAUGUGUGUAAUUUCAGCUCUGGCGAUCACUGCCCUCUCCAUUCACUCCUCUGAAACGAAUCAAUCAGCCUUCAACGUAACGGACUUGUCCCACCAACUCUGCAGGAAGGGCGACCCCAGUGCUCUCCACUUUGCAUCUGGGCAGUUGGAAUAAACUUAACAGGGUUGACAAGGAGAGCCACUGCAGUGAUUUGGAGAGAUGUAAAUAUCCCUUGGAGGCAUUCCUUCUGAUGGUUUAAUGUGUUCAGGUCUGUCCCAGCAUUCCAGUCCCACAAAUUCAGGAGGCGGAGAACGAAGCACGAACAUUUCCCAUCAAGUUGUGGAUUAAAUGUCGAAUUUUUAAAGCUACCAUGAUUUUGUCCUCUCUCAGUUUUGUGCUGCUUCUCGGCUAUGCUCAUCUGCGGACUGCAAAACCCCAGUCUGAAAUAAGGAUGGUUGAGGAGCAGGAUGUUGUUCUACCAUGUCACCAUCGCUUUGGUCACUUAGUAUCAAAGAAUCUGGAUAUUGAAUGGCUUUUGCAAGACUCUGAACCCAAUCAGAAAGUGGUGAUUACCUACUCUUCUGGUAGAGUUUACACAAAUAUAAGUGCAAGGCAGGGAGGAAGAGUUUCCUUUGCAGCAAAUUACCAGAUGGGGGAUGCUUCCAUUAAAAUAUCAUCCCUACAUUCGACAGACUCGGGGCUAUACACGUGCAAAGUGAAAAAUGAAGGCGUGUAUGACUGGAAGAAUGCUAUUAAUCUUGUUGUUUUAAUCAAACCCUCCAAGCCUAAGUGUUGGAUCCAAGGGAAACUACUGAAAGGGAAUGAUAUCAAACUUCAGUGUAAAUCUGACAAAGGCACCCAACCCAUCUUGUAUGAGUGGAAACCUGUUUCAGAUACAGAAGAACAUCAAGCAAAAUUACACCCGAGUUUACACAUAGAUUCAAAAACUCCUGAAAUGCUUUUGCUGAAGAAUUUGAGCCAGAUGAAUGCUGGUCUAUACAAGUGCAGUGCCAUAAAUGAAGCAGGAGAAGAAAACUGCAUUGUUAAUGUUGUAAUUAUGAAUGAGCUCGAUCCUUGGAUCAUUGCUGCUGCUGUUAUUGGAGUCAUAGUUGGGCUAUUAUUAAUCUUCCUAAUCAUCUGGUUGACACUGUACCUGAAAGAAAAGCAUAAAUAUGAGGAAGAAGAAACUCCAAAUGAGAUCAGGGAAGAUGCUGAGGCGCCAAAAGCAAAGCUCAUUAAUUCACCAUCUUCAGUGGGGACAGGAAGCACAGGAUCUGGUUCCUGUUCAGUCAAUUCUGUCAAAAAUGCAACGCUUUACCCCAAGCAGCCUCAAACAUCAUCAACUGAGGAGAACAAGACACCUAUUACUUACUCACCAAUAGAGGAGGCCACUAUCGAUAGGAAUGGGCCAACUCAGGCACAUAUGAAAAGAAUGGGAGGAGUUCCUGUCAUGAUACCUGCCCAAACAAGGGCUUUUCAGACUGUAUGAGCAUUAAUUGGGGGGAAAUAUUCUCCAACUAAUGUACUGGGAAAUUUCAUCAACUUUGGAAACAGUUGAACUUAAAGCUGGAAAGUCUGACCUGCAACCUGCCCAUGUCUGAAAUUUGACAUCAGUGAAUUUUGUUGACUAAACAGGAUUGAUUUACUUAG